AUGGCAGGGAUCCUCGCCUGGUUCUGGAACGAGCGGUUCUGGCUGCCGCACAACGUCACCUGGGCGGACCUGCAGAGCACGGAGGAAGCCGCCUUCCCACAGGCGGAGGACCUCUACCUCGCCUUCCCCCUGGCCUUCUGCAUCUUCAUGAUCCGGCUGCUCUUCGAAAGGUUCAUUGCUAAACCAUGUGCCUUAGGCCUUAAAGUUCAAGCCAAUGGACCACAGAAAGCUCAACCUAAUGCUAUCCUGGAAAAGGUUUUCACAGCUAUUACAAAGCAUCCAGAUGAGAAGAGGCUGGAAGGCCUCUCCAAGCAGCUGGACUGGGAUGUGCGCAGCAUUCAACGUUGGUUUCGACAAAGACGCAACCAGGAAAAACCCAGCACCCUUAGGAAGUUCUGUGAGAGCAUGUGGAGAUUUACAUUUUACCUUUAUAUAUUUACCUAUGGAGUACGGUUCCUGAAAAAGACACCCUGGCUCUGGAAUACCAGGCAGUGCUGGAGUGGGUAUCCAUAUCAGCCACUGAUGCCUGACCUUCAUUACUACUACAUAGUUGAACUGUCAUUCUACUGGUCCUUAAUGUUUUCUCAAUUCAUUGAUGUCAAAAGAAAGGAUUUUGGAAUCAUGUUUACACAUCACAUUGUAACAGUCACCCUGAUUACCUUCUCAUAUGUAACCAAUUUGACACGAGUGGGAACCUUGAUCUUAUGUCUCCAUGAUGCGGCUGAUAUUGUCCUAGAGGCUGCCAAAAUGGCAAACUAUUGCAAGUGUCAAAAACUGAGUGACCUUCUGUUCCUUACAUUUGCCGUUGUCUUCAUUGUCAGUAGGCUGGGCAUAUAUCCCUUAUGGAUAUUAAAUACAACAUUGUUUGAACUGUAUGAAGCUCUGGGCAAUUUUCCUGCCUUAUGGGUCUUCAAUGUGCUGCUUAUGGUUCUUCAAAUUCUGCACUGUUUUUGGUCUUACCUAAUCAUAAAGGCAGCCUACAAAGCUAUUUCAAAGGGCAAGACUGGGAAGUGGAACCCCUUGCACGUAGCAAAGGAUGCUCGAAGUGAUGUUGAGUCAAGCUCAGAUGAGGAAGAAACAGUACCUCGCUCAAAGGCCCCACACAGCACUGUCACCACGAAUGGGACCAGCGGUGCCAAUGGGACAAAUGGGUAUCUUACUGCUGCCACUUCCUCAGAGGAGCAUUAA